CGGACAGUGACAUGCGAAGUGGGAGAUAUGGAUUCAGAGUCCGUGAUGGGCUUCACAGUCCUGGUAGCCGUUGCCGUGGACCUUGGGGAAAGAUGGGGGGUAUAAAAUAUGCUACUGAGACCAGAUGGAUGUCAAGAGAUAUCACACUCCUGCAAACCAUUACUUUUGAUUGUGUUUCAUCUUUAACACGCAUUGUAUCAAAUUCUUUCUCAUCUCCGACGUUAAAAUAUCUCACAAAAUGGGUUCUGUACAGAAGAGUAUCCGUUGGCCAAACCCCACGCUGCCGGACAGCGUCUUCAAGAUGUUUGACAUGCACGGCAAGGUCGUUAUUAUUACUGGUGGCUCGGGUGGUAUCGGCUACGAAGUCGGUCGGGCACUAGCUGAAGCUGGUGCUGAUGUUGCUCUCUGGUACAACAACUCCAGCCAGGCUGAUAACCGGGCUGCCACAAUUGCCAAGGACUUCGGCGUGAAGUGCAAGGCGUACAAGUGCUCGGUCCAGAACUUCAAUGAAGUUGAGGCUACUACCCAGGCCGUUGUUGCUGACUUCGGGCGUCUGGACGUGAUGAUCGCCAACGCCGGAAUCCCCUCCAAGGCGGGCGGUCUCGAUGACCGUCUUGAGGACUGGCACCGUGUGGUAGACAUUGACUUCUCGGGUGCCUACUACUGUGCGCGUGUAGCUGGAGAGAUCUUCCGCAAGCAGGGCUCAGGCAACAUGAUCUUUACUGCGUCCAUGUCGGGUCAUGCCGCUAACGUUCCUCAGCAACAGGCCUGUUACAACGCAUGCAAGGCUGGUGUUAUCCACCUGGCUAAGUCUUUGGCCGUCGAGUGGGCUGGUUUCGCUCGGGUAAAUUCUGUCAGCCCCGGAUACAUCGACACCCCUAUCAGUGGUGACUGCCCAUUCGAGAUGAAGGAGGAAUGGUACAGCCUCACCCCGUUAAAGCGUGAUGCUGAUCCCAGAGAGCUUAAGGGUGUCUAUCUGUAUCUUGCCAGCGACGCAAGCACUUACACCACGGGUUCGGAUAUUGUGGUCGAUGGUGGCUACACUUGCCGGUAG